AUGGAAUCGCCAUCCGACGACAUAAAGACUCAGCCUCGGCCGACGUCCGACAUCCCAGCUGACCUACCAUCGCCAGACGUCCCCCCACACGACACCAAGGAUCCUAUCUCCCCUGAUGCCGUACCUUCUCCCGCACACACCGUCGACACACCAGCGGCAGCCGACGCCGACGCCGACGCACCCGCGCCCUCGGAAUCCCGGCGCUCCUCCUCUUCCCUCCCCCCCGAAUCGCACCCGACCAUCGCCUUCCUCUUCUCCUUCCCCGAGCCAGCCCAUCUCCCUCAGAAAGAGCGCCACCGCCUCGCGGUGCCCCCCUUCGUGCUUUACGCCCCGCUCGCCGCCGCGCUCGUGAAGCCCGCCCCGGGCGCGAAGGAGAGCGUUGCGCACAAGGCGCAGCGCAAGUGA